AUGGCGUUCGAACUACUCCCAUUCCUGUCCGCUGUCUUCGGCUGGAUCUACUUCCUUUGCUGGUCUGGCUCGUUCUACCCCCAGCCUCUGCUCAACUUCGCGAGAAAGACCACGGCUGGCACAACGGUUGACUUCCCCCUGAUCAACUGCUUGGGUUUCCUGGCAUACCUCAUUUCCAACUCGUGCCUCUACUACUCCCCGGUGGUCCGCUCCCAAUACGCCGCGCGCAACAACGGCCUCACCCCGACUGUUGCAUUCAACGACAUCACCUUUGCCGCUCACGCUCUCCUCCUUUCCUGCAUCACCACGAGCCAGUACCUCCCCAAGCUCUGGGGCUUCGCGCCUGCCCCAGGAACCAAACCAAGCCGCUUCAUCACGGGAAUUGCCUUCGGUUGUAUCGUGGGCGUGGUCAUCGUCGCCUUCAUCGUCGCGGCGGCUCCCGCCGGCGCUGAUCCACGCAUCAGCUGGUGCGCUCUCGAUCUCGUCUACGCCGUCUCCUACGUCAAGCUUGUUAUCACGUUGAUCAAGUACACCCCACAGGUCAUUACCAACUACCGCAAUAAGUCUACCAAGGGAUGGUCAAUCUGGCAAAUUCUGCUCGAUUUCUCCGGUGGCCUGCUGUCCUGUGCCCAGCAGGCCAUCGAUUCGUACCUGCAGCGCGAUUGGUCUGGCAUCACUGGCAAUCCGGUUAAGUUCGCCCUGGGCAACGUUUCCAUGGUGUACGAUGUGGUGUUCAUGACUCAGCAUUACGUUUUGUAUCGCGGCUCCGAGGGUAAGGCUGAUGAGAGGGACUCUCUACUUCGAUCGGAGGAUGAGGAGCAUCAGAGACUAGACUAG